AUGACGAAUUCCUUACCACCGACACAUCGCGCCCUUCGGCAGGAUGUCUACGCCCAGCCACCUACAGUCCAAACAGUCGCGACACCACAACCCACCCCCGGCUCUGCCGUCCUCAAAGUCCUCCAGGCCAGCAUCAUCAACUACACCAAGGACAUCUACAAUGGCGUGCGCAAGUACCCCUACCCCGUGCCCCUCACGUUAGGAGAAUCCGCACUCGCGCGGGUCGUCGCGUUGGGCCAAGACGCCACGACUCUCAAAAUCGGCGACCUGUGCCUCCUCGACAUCACGAUCCGUGGAAGAGACGACAUUGACCGCUCCGCUGGCGCGACGUUUCUUAGCGCAAUCAUUCAGGGCCACACGCCUGCAUCCGCCAAGCUUAUGACUGAUGGCUGGCGCGAUGGGACUUAUGCAGAGUACGUGCGCUGGCCGUUGGAGAAUUGCCACGUCCUUGACGAGGACCGGCUGUUCAACACGCUCGGCUACCAGAUGGAUGAUCUGAUGUAUCUCUCGAGGAUGAUGGUUCCGUACGGAGGACUGGGCCCGCUGUGUAUUGACUUGAAGCCAGGCGAGACUGUGGUUGUUUAUCCCGCGACAGGUGGGUUCGGGAGUGCGGCGGCGCAUUUGUGUCUUGAAUUGGGCGCCGGGAAGGUGAUUUGUAUGGGCAGGAAUGUUGAGGCGUUGGAGGGGUUGAAACGUGCAGCGACGGUGGAGAAGAGGGCGAGGAUUGAGGCUGUGCCGUUGUCGGGCACGUGGCAGGAGGACCUGAAGGCGUUGAAGAGCCUCGGUGGGAAUAUUGAUGUGUUCUUUGAUAUUUCUCCGCCGACGGCGGGAAAGGAACUGCUGAAGACGGGUACGUUGGCGUUGAGACACGGUGGAAGGUUGUGCAUUAUGGGUGGUGGCGACCAGGAUAUCCCGCUGCCGAACGGGGUGUUCAUGCACAAGAAUCUCAUUCUCAAGGGCAAGUGGAUGUAUGAGCCCAUGGAUGUGAAGAGGCUGAUCGGUCUGGUUGAGAUGGGUAUUGUGAAGCUGCAUCGGAAGGGAGACACAGUGACGCCAUAUGGUGCUAAUGUUGUUGCGAAGUUCAAGUUGGACGAUUGGCAGAAGGCUUUUGAUGAGGCUGAGAGGCUUGGAAGUGCUGGGAUUGUCGUCUUCGAGCCAUGA